CGUGAAGCCUGUUUUGAGCGGUGAGAGAGAGGCAAUAAAACAUUCAGUUGAGUGGUCUCACUAUUCACUAUACCUGUUAGUAGAAGUGGUAAGUCAUCGCAAGAGUGAACAGCUCUUGGCGCCAGUUCCUCAGGCCAGCACGAGCAAUAAAACAGGCGAGGUUGCACAGAGUGGGCUGUGCUUUCCACGACGACGCGUCCUGCUGUGGCGAAUGCGCUGAACAAGUUGCAAGUGGCAGCCUGACCGAUGAGCGCACCCGACGACGACAAACACUUGCCGGCAAACCACCGCAUUAUGCUACAUCCCACCUCGGAGCAUCGCACCACGCGGGACCCCUAUCGCUAACAUGGCCAAGAUCCGCUGUCCAUUCUGCAACUCCAUCGAUGGCGACGAGUACUUCAUCCAGCUUCAUAUCGAAGAGUACCACACAGAAGACUCGCCGUUUGCUGUGCAGGAUGGAGGGCAACAUUCUUCCGCAAACACCGCACGCGACAGCGGAUCCAUGCCAGGCGACACAUGGACGAAGUGCACACGCCGCGGAUGUGGAGAGUAUGUGCUCUUGUCUGCUAUAGACGAGCAUCUGGACUUCCAUGCAGCAGCGGAAUUGUCCGACAAGGAGAGUCGCGAAGAGCUUGCACCGCCGCUCCCACCUCGUCGAAGUGUCAGUCCAGUACCCAGUCCGACUCGGCCACAGAAGACGGCGGAUCGUUCAACCUCGGAAAUGCCGUCCUCUCCCAGAUCUGAGAAGCGCCGCUCGAAAGAGAAAGAGGACAGGCACUCCAGUAGCAGCACUCGCUCUGAUAGACUGAGAGAAGCACGGAGGUCGACGAGCAACACUCUCUUGAGCUACUUCUCCGGAUCCUCCUCGUUACUCACUCGCUCCAAUUUGCGUGCGAUACAAGUGCCGCGAAAUCCUGGCAGGCUCGGGAAGCGAGAGCUUGGUCCUUAUGCUUUCGAGAAGACUAUGCCCUCGAACGUCCGGAAAGCGCUCAUCUAUGGUCCUGAGCCUCAGACUGUGCAACGAAUUGGCAGCAAUGGCGCUCUGUAUCGGCAUCGCGUGGUCCCGAACGAGACAGAAGGUCUUCCACGUGCCAUCGCAGACCUUUGUGCGCUUGACAAAGAUACUGUUGCAACCUACCUCUGUCACCCGAGUACGCGGCACAUCCACAAGAUCGAGUGCGAGGGCAACUUCUGCGGCUUCUGGAGCUCCCAGGUACUCCUGACAUACGUGCAACACAUGGAUCGUGAAGGACCGCAAGGGAUGCCGCAUGUGAUUGAAAUGCAAGAAGUCAUCGAACGCGCGUGGGAGAACGGCAUUUGUACUUACGGCAAGGUCCAGACUGGUGGUGUGCUGAACACUCGAAAGUGGAUCGGUACCACUGAAGCUUUGGCCUUCUUCACCCAAAUUGGCGUCAAGGUCGAUGCUCUGACUUUCUCUAACGGAGGGAAUGAUGACGGCAAAACUGCAGCGGCCGACCUCCUUGACUACGUCGAGGCCUUCUAUAUGAGCGGGAUCGAUGGUGCUCGAGUGCAUGGCACAUCGUACGUCACGCAGCUUCCUCCCAUCUAUCUCCAACGAUUCGGUCACUCCAUGACGAUCGUAGGAUUGGAGCGGCAGCGCAAUGGCUCUCGCAACCUGUUGGUCUUUGAUUCUUCUUUCAAGACUUCGAAACCAAUGCGCCAGCUCGCCGAAGGUCGACGCGCACAUUCGACUGUCUCGGACUUGUUGAAGCCCUACAGGAGAUCAGACCAGUCACUAGAGAGGUGGAACGAGUUCGAGCUCUUGAUUCCUCAGUCGCAGUCAGUUCGUCUGUCAUGAACCGACGUGGCAGGAUGGGAUCCAUUCAGCAACAUCCUUUCGCCUGUAGGAUCGACUAUGCAUCGAUAACGUCUGACGAACAACCUUACUAUUGCAGUUCGCUUCAAGAAAAUAGGCUACGAAAGAUGACGCAGUCGUUGUCCCAUACUUCGGUCGCCAGAACUUAAUGGCAUGCUAAACACAACUGCAAAGGCAGGAUACUGAAGCUGAUAGGACAGAUUCGAUCGUUUAGCCCUUCACAUGAACUCCUUCACAGCCACGGAACAGCACGAUCAUGCACGCGAACAAUCCAGAAGAGCGAUCGAAUGCGCAGCAUGCAUCAACGGACCGAUUGGCAUCCUGGUCGCGCUCUUUUAUGCACUGCAAUCCAUGCUAUAACCCGACAUUGCGCCCGUCUUUCUACAUCAGGUGUUCAUGCAGAGUAAC